AUGUCGACAACUCCGAUUGACGAAAAGAAAUUGCUACCAGAGAAAAGGGUUCGUUCACGAUCAUUAAAACAAAGUUGCGCCAGUGAGGAUUGCAACAGCACUGUAGUACCAUUCAUUUCACCAACAGUUGAGAUUAAUGCAGAAAAGCGUAAGGAAUCAGUUCAAUCUCGACCACUUAUUCAAGCAUCUAAUCGAAUACCACUAGCCAAAACAUUGGCUCAUAAAAAGUUGCGCAAAUAUGCCAGUGAAACAUGCUUUUCAUUGGAAGCUAAGAGUCCAUCUGAUUUGUCACCGAAAGAAAAUGAUCUGAAAACAGCUAUUGGUAAUAAUAAAAUAUUUUCAAUACAGCCUGUUAAUAUUACCAGAGGUGAUACAUCAUUACUUCGGGAUGGUAGUGUUCCGUCAUGUUCUCAACACGUUAAACGUGAGGAUUCGGAAGGUGAAGCAAGCGGUUCCGGAAGUGAUGCAACUUUAGCCAGCAUGACAAUGACACCGAUAUUACAGCAAAAAUCACGACGAACUCGUUUGAAUCGACCAAAAAGUUCAACACUUAUUUAUGGAACAUCAGUUUCAUCCGAUGCUUACAAUACUCCAACAUCGGCUACACUACCAUCCAUCGAUUCGUUGCAACAAAUCGGACUUGGAAUGAUCGGAAGUAUGGAAGAACGUCGGGGCAGUAGUUUUUACAACAUUGACGAUGACAGUUUGCAUGAAUUCGACGAUGAGAAAGAAAGCGAAUAUAUUUAA